AUGGCCAUCGACGAUCAGGUGAAGAUGCCUUCGAGUAAGCAGAAGCGUACCAGCCUCCUCGACCUUCCCGCUGAGAUCUGGUCUCAGAUCGGCAAACUCGUGAUCGACGACACCCUCAGCUACACUUACACCAUGGCCAUCCAAAGACCUCCAGAGCGACCUCACCAACCUCCCAUCACUCGGGUCUGCCGAGUCCUCCGCGUCGAGCUUUUGCACUACUUCUACAGCACCAAGAUCGAUAUUUGUGGAGCUUUCGAGGUACCAGCAUCGUCACAUAUCAGCCUCGUCAAGGUUGGCAACUGGUUGAGACAAAUGGGACCGGACAAUCGGAGGUCACUGAGAGGUGUGGCGGUUCGUGGACCCGAGACUCUAGGGGCCAAGGGCAAGAAGCAAGGGUGGAGGUACAGUCCAGGGUGGGGAUUCGAUUUUGAGCUUGGAGAGGGCAAGCCAGUUGCGGCUCCCUAUGGUUGUCCGUGGUAUGAGUUCGAGGUGAAGUUUCUCUAUUGA